AUGGUCACCGUCAACGAUUUCGUGACUCCAGAUGACAUUCGGGCGAUGUUUGCAUCAGCUUUGUCCGAGAUGUACCGAUCCGAAGUGCCCCAAUACGGAACGCUGCUGGAGUUGGUGUCAGACGUCAACCGACGGUGCAACCAAGAGCUGUCGCAAGACUCUCAGCACCGGGUGGAAGUCGAGCGUCACGGCGCGAUCCGUCUGGGUACAACUGGGGAGCUGCAUACCAUGCGUCGGCUCUUUGCCAUUAUGGGCAUGCAUCCUGUUGGCUACUACGAUCUUACCGUUGCUGGGUUGCCCGUUCACGCCACCUGCUUCCGGCCGCUCACCCGCGAGGCAUUGGCACGAAACCCAUUCCGCGUGUUCACGUCUCUUUUGAGGCUCGACUUGAUCGACGAUGUUGACCUUCGCUCCCGAGCAGAUGAGAUUCUGAGCCGACGGGACAUAUUCACUCCCCGCUGCGUUGAGCUUAUCAACGACUUGGAAUCGUGUCCUUCGGUACCUCGAUAUAAAGCCACAGAAUUCUUGCUAGAGGCUGUUGAGAUAUUCCGCUGGCAUAAAACCUCAAUGGUGGACAUGGAGACAUACCAAAAGCUCCGGGAAGCUCAUCCCCUAAUUGCGGAUGUGGUGUGCUUCAAAGGACCUCACAUCAACCAUCUCACGCCACGCGUGCUGGACAUCGAGGCCGGCCAAGUUGAAAUGCAGAAGCGUGGUCUGAAGGCAAAGACUGGGAUUGAAGGGCCACCUCCGAGAAAGUUUCCGAUACUUCUGCGACAAACCAGCUUUCUUGCGCUGGAAGAAGAAGUUGCCUUUUCCGACGGAGCUGAGAAGGGCGGGAAACACAGAGCACGGUUUGGCGAGAUCGAACAGAGAGGCAUGGCUCUCACGCCUGCUGGUCGAAGUCUCUACGACCAGCUCAUAUCUCAGAGACUUCAGCACGUGGGGAGAGGUGCAUCAAAACAAGAGGCACUGGCCAACAUUUUCGAAGACUUUCCUGACAACCUUGAGUCUUUGCGAAAACGUAGGCUGGCGUACUUCACAUACAAGAUUGCCAGUUCGAAUACUGAGGUGGAGAAUAUCGGCGACGUUGAUACACUGGUCAAGGCCGGCAUCUUAUCUUACGAGCCAAUUACGUAUGAGGAUUUUCUUCCUGUGAGCGCUGCUGGCAUCUUUCAUUCGAAUCUCGGAGCAAGCUUUUUGCAAACCCAACGUGCUUCUGAAGACAAGAAGGCAUUUGAAAGGGGUCUUGGUUGUACGGUCAAAGACAGUUUUGAUUUGUACCGUGAGAUGGAGGAAUGUUCAAUCACAAAAUGUUUGGAGUUGUUGAAGGAAUCUUCGGAGCUUAGAAAUCGCACCGAGUGUGAAUCAGAUAGGACUGAUUUAGGAUUUGAAAAGUAG